AUGGGAACAGUCCUCUAUCAUUCAUCAUUAUCAUCAUUUUAUAUAUCGAAUCAAACAUCUACUGAAGAUGAAUAUUCAACUAACAAUCAUUUAUUACAUUUAUUUAUAUUUGUUGCUAUAUGGACUAUUUUAAUGAUUACUAUUGUUUUUGGUUCAAUUGGAAACAUUCUUGUACUUUAUAUUUAUAUCAAUCGAAAUGAUAAUAAGACAUGUACAUUUUUUAUUAAAAUGUUAGCUAUUGUUGAUUUAAUAAUAUGUUUAAUUUUGGCACCAUUAGAAUUAUAUCAAACUACAACAGGUAUUCGAAAUGAAUUCUUAUGUAAAGUCUAUGGUUUUCUAACUACACAUGUUCUCUAUUCAACACUUCUUAUAACAAUAAUUGCAUUCGAUCGUUAUUUUUGUAUAUGUUGGCCAUUAUUUAAAAUCAUAACUAUUUAUCGUGCACGUGCUAUAGUUGUUAUAUGUGGUCUAUUAUCAUCAUUAUUCGCUAUUAUACCGAUGAGUGAAUAUUCUACAAAAGAACAUAUGUUACAUCUUCAUAAUAAUCAUUCACAACAUUUAUUAUUUGAUGCAUCAACUGAUGAAUAUGAAUUACCAGUUUAUACACAUGUUGAAAAUAUAAAAACAAGUAUAUCAGAACUACCAUUUACACUUGGUAAUAUAACAAAUGUUAAAUGUAGUCCACAAUUUAGUUUACAAACCGAUGUUUAUUUAUCAAAUUUUUUAACUAUAUAUCGAGUAUUUCAUAGUACAUUAUUUGCUAUAUGUAUUGUACUUGUAUUAAUACUUUAUUCAUUUAUAUAUAAUGCAAUAUAUCAACGUCGUCGUACACGAACAAAACGAUUUUCAACUUAUAGAAAAAUUCUGCAAUCAUAUUUAAUAAAUAAUGAAAAUGAUCGUAAACAUAGUUGUCGUCAUUCAUUAUUAACAAAUAUUUGUUGUUAUUGUUGUAAAAAAAUACAACGACGAUCAUCAAAUGAAUCAAUAAUAUAUCGAUCAUCGAGUGGUAAUCAACGAAAUAAAAAAUUUUUUCGAAAUAAUAAAUCAUCUACAUCGAAGAAAAGACCUGAACAAAUUAUUUUAGAAAUAAAUGGUGCACGUGGUAAACGUUAUUCAGCUGUAUCAAUGACAUCAAUGACAUAUUUUACAAGUGGAAUUUGGGAUGAUACAUCAUCAUCAAAUUUAAUACGUUCAAGAAUUAAUUCUAUAGCUGCAACAACAUUUUGCGGCAUGGAACAAUCAUUAUUAAGUCGACCAUCAACAUCAACUGAUGAUUCAUAUGAACAAACAACUAAAUCAAAACCUAUUUCACCAAAUAAUUCAACAUAUUUAACAGUACCUGGACCACAAAUAACAUUAUCACCUAGUUCAAAUGAAAUUAAUAAUAAAGAUAAUCAUUUAAAUGAGAGUGAAUCAAUAGCAAAUAUAUCACAAUCGACUAAUUUACUUCAUCCAACAAUGGGAAGAAAAACAAAUAAUACAUUAUCAAUUCGACAACAACAACGACCAUCAGAUGUAUCACUUCUACAAAGAAAAGUUUCAUUUGUUCCAUCAGCAGGAGUUGCUGAUCGUUGUAUUAUUGAAGAUCCUCCAAGUACAAAUCAACAAUUAACAAUUCAUUUAAAUAAUACGUAUUCAUUAUCGCCUCCAUCUUCACCAAUUAGUCCAAUACGAAAUUCAAUUUCAUCGACACGUCGUGGAUCAAUAUUUGAUGGUGAAACUAAACGUAUUUUUGAACGACAACAAAAACAAGAACGUCUAGCAAAUAUUCGAACAACAUUAACAUUAUUUAUUGUUACAGCAACAUUUAUUGUUAUAUAUUUACCAUCUAUAAUAAUUACUUUAUUUGAUAUAAAACCAUAUGAAUUUCGUGAAGUUUUAUUCUUAUUAUAUUAUAUUAAUAGUGCAUGUAAUCCACUUAUUUAUUCAUUUUUUAAUGUGAACUUUCGCAAUGAUAUCCGUCGUAUAUAUGCAUGUCAACAACGUGGUUAUUUUGCACGACAUUGUUAA